AUAUCUGCAAAGGCUUGUAUACAACUAAUAUUUUGAAAUUUUCGACAAAAUGAUGCCACCGUUUUGCAACGCUCAACAAACGUCCGGAGUUGUGAGAGAUGCAAAUGGUCAGAUCGUUCCCAAAAAGAUCAUAAAUCCGUGUUUGGACUCGGUUGAUCGACAGAAUUUGCACAGAGAACUUAUGUUUAAUCAGAAAAUAGGGCGUAAUGUUUUGGACCAAAAAUCGGAACUGGAGAAAGUACUACGAAAGCAAAAAGAAAAACAGAAGAUCAACAGUGAACAUAAACCAAAUCAGGGCAUUAGAAAUGAGUUACACCUUGCUGUGCUGCAAAGAGCUAAUCGAAAGCAAUUGGAACGUGAGCAGAAUGAAACCGACAAUCAACUGAAUCCUGAAUAUUUAAACGCUCGAGCUAAACUUAGAGCGACUCACUAAAAGCAAAACAACAACAAAUUUACUAUAUUAAUAAGUUCGAAUGUUAGAGUUGCUGUUUCAAAUUAAUUUUAUUAUUUUUCGUUUUUUUUUUAGCAAUUGUAACAAUUUAUUGAUUUAUUAACUUUUAGUGUAUUCGCAAAUAAAUGUAAAAUGUAUAAAU